AUGAUUAAUAGAGUACGGGAGUUGGCAAGAAGGGAUAUUUGGCGACCUAUCAGAGCACCGUCCAUAGUUAUCUAUAGUCUGUUUACAAUGGCCAUAGGUGUUGGGUUACCUAUUUACUUUGACCAUCGUAAAAGAUGUCAGGGAACUAACUAUGUGCACCUUUCGGCCAACAUCUCCGACUUCUGCGUCAUUUGUAGGAUUUGUUUCCUCGAAGUUGGUUUUCUGGUAAGAAUCCAGUCGGCUCCUACCGUCUUCGACUCCGUGCCAGUAAUGCUGCCUGCUACCAGGGAUAUUUAUCAACCUCCCGGUAUAGAUCUCCGUGUUCAGUCGAAAUCAGGGUCACCUUGGGCAGGAUGCGGUUCUUCACCGGUCUUGGCAGUAGCGUCCUCGAGGUCUCCACUUACAGGUUCUGAGGCCUCUAUGCUACUUCCCUGGCUUUGA